GGAGCAAGGGGAAAAUGGCCACGGGGACAGACCAAGUGGUGGGACUCGGCCUCGUCGCUGUUAGCCUGAUCAUCUUCACCUACUACACUGCCUGGGUGAUUCUCUUGCCAUUCAUUGACAGCCAGCAUGUCAUCCACAAGUACUUCCUGCCCCGGGCCUACGCUGUCGCCAUCCCUCUGGCUGUGGGUCUCCUCCUGCUCCUGUUUGUGGGAUUGUUCAUUACCUACGUGAUGCUAAAGAACCAGAAGGUGACCAAGAAGGCUCAGUGAAGGCCCAGCAGGGAUGAGGCUGCUGGCCUCUUCUCCACAUCCCUCCAGGCCAGGACCGAGAGUUGCAGCCUGUAGUCCAGGCACGGUGGCUCCUCCAGUUUGGCUGUCCCUCAGUGCUCUCAGGAGAUGGCACUGCUCAAGAGUCACUUCUGACACACCAAAGCCCCCUCCUCCUGCUCACUCUUCUAGAAGUCAGC